AACCAUUGAUGUCGCUGAGUGUGAGUGACAACAACGCGAUAUAAUUGAACAUAACCUGAAAGAAAACCAUCGAUUGAUGGACGGUUUGCGGUACUUUCGACGGUUAUAGUGAAAAUCAGCGACAUUCAGUCCCCUAUCGGGAAACAUGACGGGCCAGAACGCGACGAAAGAGCCCGAAGUAGACCCGAAGAACAUAAUAAAGAGCAGAGAGCUGCUCUACAGACUAAUGAUCAGUCAAUUGUUCUACGACGGCCAUCAAACGUUAGCCGUGCAGCUCUCCAACAUGAUGCAAGCGGAACCACCUUGCCCACCCUCGGAUCGGUUGCUCCAUUUAAUGCUGAUCGGCGCCGCUCAUGAGCCGGAUCGUUCCAAGAAGGAGAGCAACAACGUAUCCACAUUCGCUAGCAGCUUCGACAACACCUUAGGGCCCGGAUUGGAUUUGGAAUUUGAGACCGAGGCCCAGACUCAAGCUCCGGAACCAGCGCAGUACGAAACUGCGUACGUCACGUCCCACAAGGGAAAUUGCAGAGCAGGAGCUUUUUCGGCUGACGGACAGUUGAUAGCUACCGGCUCUGUGGACGCCUCGAUCAAGAUCCUGGACGUGGAUAGAAUGCUCGCCAAGUCCGCGCCGGACGAGAUGGCGCCCGGGGAUCAAACGGGCGGGCAUCCGGUCAUAAGAACUCUGUACGAUCACUUGGAAGAAGUGACGUGCUUGGAAUUUCACCCGAGAGAGCCCAUACUCGUGUCCGGCAGUCGCGACUUCUCCGUAAAACUGUUCGACUUUAGCAAGGCUAGCGUGAAGAAAGCGUUCAGGACGAUUACGGACGCCGAUCAAAUCCGGUGCCUGUCCUUCCACCCGACCGGCGAUUUCCUCAUAGUGGGAACCAAUCACCCGGUGGUUAGACUGUACGAUGUGAACACCGCACAGUGUUUCGUAUGCAGCAUACCGAGCCAUCAACACACAGCAGGGAUAACAAGCAUCAAGUAUUCGCCGGACGCAAAGACUUAUGCAUCGGCGGGGAAGGAUGGGAGCAUCAAACUCUGGGACGGCGUAUCGAAUCGAUGUAUAAAUACCUUCGUGAAGGCGCACGACGGCUACGAAGUGUGCUCGGUGACCUUCACGAGGAACGGCAAGUAUUUACUGUCCUCAGGGAAAGAUUCCUUGAUAAAGUUGUGGGAAUUGUCUACUAGCAGAUGUUUAAUAGCAUAUACAGGUGCCGGGACUACAGGUAAACAAGAGCACAAGGCACAGGCUAUCUUCAAUCAUACGGAAGAUUACGUGAUGUUCCCCGACGAAGCCACCACCUCCCUGUGCGCUUGGAAUUCACGGAAUGCAUCGAGGAAGCAGCUGUUAUCAUUGGGUCACAACGGUCCCGUGAGACUGAUUGUUCAUUCACCGACCGCGCCGGCGUUUCUAACAUGCAGUGAUGAUUUCAGAGCAAGAUUCUGGUUCCGAAGAAUGCCGACUCACUAAUUUAACGUUAGAUUCUAAAGUCAAAGGACACUCGCCGCGGGAAGUUACCUGCGAUAAUUUCUACUUUACGAAAAUGUGGAGAUUGACAUGUUGAGAAGACAUUUAAGAUCGGGUAUACGCGUUACGGCUGUAAUUCCGAAAGAAAUAGGUAUUUAGGUUAUUUUUUUUAAAUAGCUGUUUAUACAGUCUUACAUUUUAUUUAGAUCCUAAGCUACGUACCUCGUACGUUUCAGUUAUGCUACGUCAAGCUAUAAUAAUAUAUAAACAGUAUUUAGUAA